GAUGCAGUGAGGCGUGGUCAUUCUGAUCUUAUCUGCUCACCGCUUUGUCUUGAGCGUGGGUGUUGGGAAAAAUAGUUUCUUGAGGAAAGGGAGACAAGAGACAGGAGUGAAACGAUACGGUUCACAAGGCGCGGUUCUCAGUUCUGUUCUUGACGACACACUGAGCGGUCUUGAGGUAGGGAGCUGGACAGGGAGUUACAGGGGAGAGGCUCAUCGCGAGAGAGCGAGACCGACAGAAUUGAACGCCUGAAAGUUUCGUUGAAGACAUUGACUGACAGGCAGAGAGUGUUUUUGAGCAGGAGGUCAGUAACAUUCUCUCAGGGCAAGGAAGUAGGGAUUGUAUGAGUAUCUGCAGCCUCUACCUGUUCAACACAGGAGACCCAGACAGAGGCCCAGUGGCCCAACCCUGCCGCCUGAGGUUAAAAGGGGAGAGUGCAGGACCUAUCUUGGCCCACCGUCCUCACAAAGUACAUCCAGGGAGCAGCGAACAUGGAGGUGCUCAUUGUAAAGAAUGAAGAAAACACAGCAGAGAGUCUUGUCACGACUGGAAGCAAACAUGUCACCACACCCAUAAUAAAUGUUGAGGACCUGAACCGAAACCAGGAACAAGGAGGGGACCCAGUGAGAACCGACGAUAAGCCAGAUGAGAACACCCGGGCCCCCGAGACCCAACCCUCCAGCUGCCUCGCCAUCGCCCCAGAGGAUGUACUGUGUGACUCCUGCAUCGAGAGACCAAGCCGGGCCCAGAGAUCCUGCCUCACCUGCCUGGUGUCCUACUGCGAGGCCCACCUCAGGCCUCACCUGGAGAACCAGAAGUUCCAGAAUCACCGGCUGGUGGAGCCUUUACAGGACAUUGAGUCUCGCUCCUGCCUGGAGCACCGGCUGCCUCUGGAACUCUACUGCCUGACGGACGGCUGCAGUGUGUGUGUGUGCUGUGAGUGUGUGGGACUGGAGCAUCCAGGACACCGUACCGUACCUGUCGGUGAGGCGCGGCGACAGGUCGAGACAGAGCUGCAGAAGAAACAAGGGGAGAUUUUGAAGACAGUCUCUUCUGUGGAGAAUGCCAUCGGCAAGCUACAGAACAACACUGCCUCUAUAGAGAGCUCUGUGGCGGGGGCAAGAGCUGUGAUGGAGCAGCAAUUCUACCUCCUGCAGGGGGCCAUGGACGAGGCCCGGAGGGGGACCACGGAAGUGCUGGAGGAUGAGCAGAGGCAGGCUAUCAGCCAGGCUGAGGGCAUCCAGGCCCACCUGGAGCAGAAGAGCCAGGAGCUGAAGAAGACCCUGGCCAGUGCGGAGAGACUCUCCAGGAACAAAACUGACGUGGACUUCCUGCAGGAAUAUACCGAGUGGAAGAGGGGUGUUGUGGACGUCUGUCUGCCUGGGGUGUACAUCGGCCUCACGGAGCGCAUGGCCUCCUUCAGCCGCCUGAUCACCGAGUCCACCCAGGGACUGUGUGACCAGCUCAAGGCGACCUACACGGACAAACUGAAGGACUUCUGCAAGACUGACAAACCGGGCAAUAAAACCACGGUCCACGCCAAGAUGUCAAGGUCUUCUCCACUGCCAGAUCCUGUGACACGAGAUGACUUCCUCAAGUAUGCCAGGAGCAGUCUGACCUUUGACCCAAACACUGUCCACAAGUUCCUGCGACUGACCGAAGACAACAGGAAGGUGACCAACACGGCGCCCUGGCAGCACAACUACCCGGAUGCCCCCGAACGCUUCGAGAACUGGCGCCAGGUGAUGACCUCGGAGAGCCUCUACCUGGGCAGACACUAUUUCGAGGUGGAGCUGAGCGGGGAGGGAGCGUACGUGGGACUCACCUACAAGAGCAUCGACCGGAAGGGCGCCGAGAGCGGCAGCUGCAUCACCGGAAACGACUUCUCGUGGAGCCUGGGAAGGGAUGGGCGGAGCUUCUUCGCCCGGCACGCCGACGUGGAGGCAGACUUGGAAGCAGCAGGCGGGUUCACCAGGCACGGCGUCUACAUAGACUUUGACUCAGGCUCGUUAGCAUUCUAUGGCGUGGACGACUCUGCUGUGACUCUCCUGUACAGGUACGACGCUCAGUUCACAGAGCCUUUGUAUCCUACCGUCUGGCUCCCGAAGAAGGACAGCGUGGUCUUAUUGGUCUCUCCUAAGGACCAGUUUCCUAAUGUGACCACAACCCCCACCACUCCUGUGAGGGCAAUUGCUCCGGACCAUCCAGAACCUUAAUGACUGGAUAGCUACAGUGUGUCUGCAAGAUAGUUUAUUUCUCUUUAUGGAUUGUAUGGUAAGCAGUGAAUGCAUUUUUCUGUUCCCGGUUGGCAGGUAGCCUAGCCCUAGAGGUUAAAAAGGCGUUACCAGCUGUCGGAAGGUUUUCAUAUACUUUGUCGUGAGGUUAGCAGGAGGCACAUUUCUGUUUCCCACAAAUACACACUAAAGUAUGUAUUCUGUGUCCCAUUAGAUACAUACAGUGUCAUGCACUGUAUUACAUGAGCAGUUUCUAUCAGUAAGUUAUACGUUAUUAAUUAAAUGGGACACCGUCAGGUAUCACACCCAUACAUACACUUGAAUUGACGUCACCUCUCAGUAUUUGUCACAUUAUGACAUCUAUGCAAGGACUGGCUGCACCACUGAGUCAUUUUGAAGUAGUACUUUUUUGUCUAUCAAAAGAACAAACCAUUGGCUGACUCCCCCUGAUUACCGGUUGGAGUUCAAAAGGGUUAUCAGGAGGAAUCAGCCAAUUGACUGCAACCGUGUCAUCAGGAGGUGUUAGCCUAUGAAGUCUUACCCAGCUGAGUACAUUAAAAUGGUGGACGCCACCAAUGGUUAUGUCCAUGCUGAAAUGUUUAAUCCAAUCUGUAUAAUCACAAUGAACCCCGACUUCCAAUGGUUUAUCACUGCUACCAUCUAGUGGUGAAUAUAGAACAGAACAUGUGUUGGUAUAGAAUCACAGUAAAGAGUAAUUGAAUAACUUGUUUAUUGUAACUGGCUAGAAUGACUGACUGUUUGAUUAGCAGAUGUACUACUGUGAUUGUUCUUCAUUUCAUUAUUUAACAAGUGCAUUAUGUGUUCACAUACUAUCUUUCUUUAACACUGAGUCGAUAAAUAAAGAGAUGACGUGUCCAUGGCCAUUCCUAUCGUAUGAACAGUGUGACAAUAAAAUGUAUUUCUUAUAAUUAAACAUGUUAUUCAUACAUUCA